CAGCGCUCACGCUGCGCCCCGGCGUCCGGGACUGAUGCAGCGCAGAGGGCUCGGCACUCAGACAUGAACUUCAACAAGCACGUCAAAUCCAUCGGAUAAGGUGUGUAUGCAUCAGUGGUGCACUGUGUGUGUCCCUGAAGUGCACCAUCAGCCAUGCCUGUGACAUCACAGCUUCUCCGGGCUUUGCCCCGUGCCAAGCUCUUGGCCCCCAGCCUGUUACCAUGUCAACACCAGUCGCACUUAGGGCCCAUUUCUCACCGACACGCCUCAAGACACCCUUCCCAUAUUUGGCGGUUUCACCUUCCCUCAAGAGGUUACCGGACCACCUCAGACCUCUGCAGCUACACCCUCACCCCUCCGCAGGUCAAUUCCAUCCUGAAAGCCAAUGAGUACAGCUUCAAGGUGCCAGAGUUUGAUGGGAAGAAUGUGUCAUCAGUGAUGGGGUUUGACAGUAACCAGCUACCAGCCAAUGCUCCCAUAGAGGACCGGCGCAGUGCGGCCACCUGUCUGCAGACUCGAGGAAUGCUGCUGGGUGUGUUUGAUGGUCAUGCUGGCUGUGCCUGUGCCCAGGCGCUGAGUGAGAGGUUGUUUUACUACAUCGCUGUGUCCCUGCUGCCUCAUGAGACUCUGUGUGACCUGGAGGCAGCAGUGGAGGCUGGCAGGGCCCUCAGCCCCAUCCUGCAGUGGCAUAAACACCCCCAUGACUACUUCAGCAGGGAGGCUCAGACUCUCUACUUCAACAGCCUCCGAACCUACUGGCAGGAGCUGAUAGACCUCAACAGCCCAGGAGAGAUUCCAGACACUAGGGAGGCCUUGCUUAAUGCCUUCAAGAGGCUGGACAAUGACCUUUCCCUGGAGGCUCAGGUGGGAGACCCGAAUGCUUUCCUGCACUACUGGGUUCUGAGAGUGGCCUUUUCCGGAGCAACGGCAUGUGUGGCUCACAUCGAUGGACAAGACCUGUAUAUCGCCAAUGCAGGGGAUGGGCGGGCGGUGUUGGGGGUGCAGGAGGAGGAUGGCUCAUUCAGUGCUCACACUCUGUCUAACGACCACAAUGCCCAGAAUGAGGAUGAGGUGACUCGAAUACGGAGUGAGCACCCGCCAUCAGAGAGGAAGACAGUCAUACGACAGGACCGAUUACUUGGCCUCCUUAUGCCAUUUCGUGCAUUUGGUGAUGUCAAGUUCAAGUGGAGCAUUGAGUUGCAGAAGCGUGUGCUGGAGUCCGGACCCGACCAGCUCCAUGAAAACGAACAUACAAAGUUUAUACCUCCCAACUACCACACACCCCCCUACCUGACUGCUGAGCCUGAGAUUACAUACCACAGACUGCGGCCACAAGAUCGCUUCCUGGUGAUCGGUUCAGACGGCCUUUGGGAGACUCUCCACAGACAGGAAGUGGUCCGUAUUGUUGGGGAGUAUUUAACAGGGGUGCACCAGCGCCAGCCCCUCACAGUUGGAGGCUACAGGGUCACCCUGGGACAGAUGCAGGGCCUGCUGGAAGAGAGGAAGGCUCGCAUGUCCACAGCCUUCGAGGAUCAGAACGCAGCGACCCACCUGAUUCGUCACGCGGUGGGGAACAACGAGUUCGGCACCGUGGACCACGAGAGGCUGUCCAAAAUGCUGUCGCUGCCCGAGGAGCUGGCUCGCAUGUAUCGUGAUGACAUCACCAUCAUCAUCACUCAGUUCAACCCUCAUGUGAUUGGAGCACAGAGACAGGAAGAGCAGUCCUGAGCCUGAAGUGCAUAUGAACCGAUAAAAGCCAUUCACCCAUGUCGUACUGAGGACUAACGCACACAAACGCUUUCUUCUUUAACCACACUCAUGCACCUAUAAGCACACACACUGUGGACAGACAGGCCAUAAUAUUAAGAAUCUCUCUCCAGGACUUGCAGUCAAUUUGUUUUUAAUACUAUUUAUGUUACAAAUGUGUGUGAUCGUAUGCAGUCCAAGUGGAAUUUCUUGUGAAGAGAUCUCACAAGAUGAAGGUAAGAUCACAUGGCAUGACAGCCUUGAUUUUCACACACUUGCUUCAGAUAUUUAUGUAGCCAAUGCUCCUGUGUGGGACGCUGUUACAGACUCGUCUUUUGUGCCAAAAGAUUCCAGCCCCUCGCCCUCCGAAAGGCCAAGUGGGGCUUGAAUUUAUGUGAAUUCCAAAGGGGGUGAAGGACGGGACUUCACAGGGAAGGAAGACGCCUGAGGGGGGCAGGGGACACAGCACUGAAUCGACUUCCUGACGUUUUCACAGACAAUCUUAAGCUGAGUUGUGUCCUGCUAAAACUACAAUCUGUCCGUGCUGUAUUCUCUGCACCGCUGAAUUGGCCAGGCCGCAGCAGGCGCCGUCGUUUUCACUUUGUAGGAUGUCUCUGUUCCUGAGACUGAUGUUACAGCAGAGGACAGUGUCUCUGUUUCUCUCCAUAUUCUUCCUGUUUUCGAAACGCUCUUUUCACAUCUCGUAUUCGUUUUACAUACAUUUUUAACCUCGGCAAGCAUGAAACCUUUCACCACCACAGAUGGAAUGUCACCCACCUGGCUUUUCCGUGACUUUGCCUCAGCGAAAUAUGUAAUCAUAAAGCCACUUACACUCUUGUCUCUCACAUACAGUAAAGCACUACUUUGUCUCGAAUCCUGGUGAACUGAAUGCCGUUUUCAGUCAAGAUCAAUAGUGUCGGACGAAGCAGAAGGCAGGAGCCCAGUGACAGGAAUUCCAGUUUUUCAAAGCUGUGUUCACGCAUGGUUACAUAAGCAGAGACAGUGAUUGAAAACCACCGUACAAUCAGCGUGUCAAAGACUCGCUGCAGCUCCGGAGCUCAGAAAACAAUGCACAGCUUCUGUCUUUGAGCCGUUGGCAAACAGUGAUGGACAUUGUGGUUGUUCUCCAUGGCGUCUAGGCUAUAUGGUUAAAAGGGACACGUAUUUAAACCUGUCAUGUACAAACUUGUCUGUGUUUCCGUUUUGCUCGUCUUGUACACAAAUGUCAAAAAUGCCAGGAAAUAUGUAAACUUAUAUUCUGUAAAGGUUAUUACAGCUAUUGCAGGGUGUGUAUUUUAUUCUGUUUUAUUUUAUUUUAUUGUAUUGCAGAGAAACUGUAUUGUUGCCUUAUAUUUUUUCAUGUUGGGUCAUUUGGGAGCCUUACUGACAGUUUGUUACUGCUUCUGAUGUUACUACGCAUGUCAGACACAUGAGAUCGGGAACAGCAGAAGCAAGCCAGUCUCCUGACAAAAUCACCAUCAAAACAGUGAUCACGGGCUCCUGGUUGGACGCCAGCGGUGUUUACGCCCAAAUGAACAGAAAGAAUGUACAUCUGAAAGAAGCUGUCUGAAUACUUGAAGGUUAUUUACUCAGCUUUACCAGUGUGUUACUCGUCUUUAUCUACAGUUGUAUGUAUAAGCUGUACUUUAUGUGGGUUUUGUAUUUGGAAUGAUUUAAUAAAAGUAAGACUACGCACAGCCA